AUGAGUAGUGGAAGCAAUAAUGUUGCAAACAAUGGAGAAGUGUCCCAAGGCGGGCCUUGUGGUGCUUGCAAGUUCCUCAGGCGAAAGUGCUUGCGAGGCUGCAUAUUUGCGCCCUAUUUCGACUCAGAUCAAGGCACGGCUCACUUCGCGGCGGUGCACAAAGUUUUUGGUGCAAGCAACGCCUCCAAGCUACUCCUGCGCAUUCCAGCUCACAAGAGGCUCGAUGCUGUGGUCACUCUUUGCUAUGAGGCUCUUGCUAGGGUUCGAGACCCGGUUUACGGCUGCGUUGCUCACAUUUUCACCCUCCAGCAGCAGGUAGUGAAUCUGCAGGCAGAGUUGGCCUAUGUUCAGGCUCGUCUUGCGACUUUGCAGCGUCUGCCACUGCCGCCACCCCCGCCACAACCUCAGAGCCAUCAUUCCUUGCCCAAUGUUGUGGCAUCAUCUUCAGAGUUGCUACCAAUUUCCAACAUAAUGAUGCAUCUUGAUCCCAUUGAAACACACCAAUGUGCAGCAGGUCAAGAAAUGACAAGCCUUUCCAGUCGACUGGAUGAAGAACUCAUCGAUGAUGGAGAUCUCCAAGUACUAGCACGAGAAUUUGUCACCCGCUAUUUGCCGGGAGUGAGGUUCCGGCCUCCAGGUCCUCACCAAAAUUUCUAACUCUGUUGUCAACUGAUCACCUUUCAAUUUCCAUGUGCGUUAUGGUUGGCUUUUUGCAAGCAAUGUUGCUUCUCAAGUUUAAUGGAAGUGUACUAUUUUGGACAUGAAAUGUUAACCAUUGUAGUUGGUGAAUUGAAUGGAUCUUGAUUUGUGCUUCAU